ACAUGAAGAUGUCAUGUCUUUAGAACAGUGAGAACAUGAGAGAGGAUGUCCAAAUUCAUUUCCCAUGAAGUUGAGAGUGAUAAGUCUAAUCAUCAUGGAGGGUAAUGAAUUUGGACAUACUCUUUGUUAGCUACCAAUUGUACUGCAGUCCGCCAAACAUGAGGAGAACGAGACCAAAGUCUUGUUCUAUCAUAUCUAAACAAAUGAAGCUUAAAAUCUAUGACCUUGCUUCAGAGUUUUUCUUUUCUUUUCAUAAUUCAAAAAUGGAGGGAAAGUAAAAACCGGUUUAAUCUUAAACUACAUGGAUAAUGGAUUGGAGUAGAAAAGAAAGGUUUCAAUUUUCAACGCCGGUUUAUUGAGUUAUCCGAGUUUAUAAACAGUAUGGGCCGCAUGAAGAGGUGAAAAGCCCAUCAGGCUAUAUAUAUAUAUACAUAUUUGAGAUCAUCGUCCCUGAAUCGGCUUUGAUAUAUUUUUUUGGCAAGCAAUAAUGAGAAUUAAACCUACCUCUUACCUCAAUCCUUAUUUUGGUCAUGGCCGUAGUCUCCCACGUCGUCCAUACGACAUCUGUGAAUCUCCUUUUGCGAAACGGAAGAGGGUGGUCAGGCCCAAGGAGGAGCUUCAGAUUGGAAAUUCUGAUAAGCAACUUACCUGAAUCUGAAACUCGGGAUGAGAAGAUCUCUGAGGCUACUGCCUCCACGCCUCCACCUCUGUCAAGGUCAAGCGUGCACGACCAAUCCAUCCGCAUGGCUGAUUUGGCUUUGGAAAAGAAGAAUCACAUUAACACGAAGAACACACCAACGCUUAAGGCAUUCGAGAGCAAUUCCAGCACCUAAGGCGUCCGUUUAUCCUAUAAUCACCAGAACCUACCGUCGCUUUCUAAUUUCCUAUAAGUAGUAUUUUGAGUUAUUGAAGUAAGUUCGGAGAAGAAAACUAGAUUUUAAUUAAGCUCAUGCUGUAUUUAGCACUUAUUAAUUAUUUGAAUCGUAUUUGGCACGAGCAAAAUUGUUCUGGUUGAAAUACACAC